AGCAAUACUUCUACAAAAAUGAAAUUCUUCGCCGCUGUUUUGUUCGCUGUCGUUGCCUUGGCUGCCGCCGAUGUCAGUCACUUGGACAGAACAUACUUGCCACCCCAUGGUGCAGCCAGCAGCUCGCAUGAACAUUACGCUUCAGCACCUGCUUCCAGUUUCGGUUCCAGCGGCUCUGGUUCUUUCAAAUCUAGCUCUAGCUUCUCCGCUCCUGAAUCUGCUUCCACCUUUACCUCCCAACAAUACUCUGCUCCUGCUGCCUCUUCUAGUUUCAGCAGCCGUAGUGGAUUCUCUACAGAUUCUGGCUCCAGCUAUUCUGCUCCUGAAAGUGCUGCUUCUUUCUCUUCUUUCAAGACUACUGAAUACCAAGCUCCCGCUUCCACUAGCUCUGGCUCUUUCAAAUCUGAAUCCAGCUAUUCAGCUCCAGAAGCUUCAUCAUCUUACACUUCCACUCAAUACUCUGCCCCUGACACUUCUGCCAGUUUCAGCAGCCGCAGUGGAUUCUCUUCCGAUUCUGACUCCAGCUAUUCUGCUCCUGAAAGUGCUGCUUCUUUCUCUUCCUUCAAGACUACUGAAUACAAAGCUCCCGCUACCACCAGUUCUUAUAAAUCUAGCUCCAGCUUUUCUGCUCCAGUAGGUGCUGCUUCCUUUGUUGCUCCUGAAAGCACUAGCUAUACUGCUGAUACCAGCUACUCUGCCCCUGAAACUGCUUCAUCUUUCACUUCUGAGCAAUACUCAGCUCCAGAUAGCUCUGCUAGUUUCAGCAGCCGUGGUAGUUUCUCUUCUGAUUCUAGCUCAUUCAAAUCUGGUUCCAGCUACUCUGCUCCUGAAGCUGCUGCUUCCUACUCUGCCCCCUCUUACUCCACCUCUUUCACCGACUCCAGCUACUCUGCUCCACAAACUGCUGCUUCAGGUGUUGAUACCCAAUACGCUGCUGAUGGUGGUUAUGUAUACUAAAACUUAAACAAGAGACUAUUUUUGUUUUUUAAAUCUCCUCUAAAAACACCAAAAAAACAACAAAUAAAAAAUUUAAAAUAUUUUUAACAGUUUCUUUUUCUCAAUUAUUUAUUUUAUU